AUGGAUCCUCCAACCCCCGAUCACUUGCCACUGACUUUGGCGUCAACUCUUGCACGUUCUCGCCUAGAGGCAGCUGCCUCAUUGCCAGACGGUGACCCCGAUGCAUUUAUCGCGCUCACUAAGGAUUGCAUUGAUGCCCAUGCCCAAGCAACCAAAGCUAUGAUAGAGACUCUGGGCCAGCGGGUCAGCGCUGGGGAGAAUGUUGACUGGAAAGGUGAAUAUGAUGUCCUGAAGGAUGGCCUUUUCAAUUACUGUCAAUCACUUGUGGGGGAGGCAGAGAUGAAUUUGGCGCCUGAGGAGCUGGACCGUCCCGCGAAGUCCUCAGUGGAUUUAACUCGUCACCUCUUGGGAAAGAGUUCGAAGACUUCGUUGAACUCCCUCAAGAUCUCGCCCACUCAGGCGAAUCACUCGCCCACUCUUCCUAGCCCUUCGGGUGAUUCGAACCCAUCCCCAUCACUCAGCAUGCCUGCUUCAAAUGCAUCCGGGGAGAGUUACGUGCUUGUGUCCAGUAGACAGCGACUGCGUCUCUUUGCGGUCAGCAGCGAUGACUGGAUCGUUUACCCGUCUGAUUCUGUUUGCCUGGCCGAUUUCGAGGUCAUGCUACCUGAGGGUAUGUCUCUGGUGGAUGAGUCUAUCCAUCUCAGUGUGGUGAUGGGCAUUCUGAACAAAUUGUACUCCAUGGCGAAGCUCAUGCAGAUCAUCCUCCUCAGCUACGGGACAGAGAUUGAUAAUUCACGCCUCGGAUUGUGGCACUGGAUCCAUCAGUAUGAAGAGAAUGUGAAGAGCACGGACCUGAAGAUAUUGAUCACCAUUGCCGAGAACUUGUUCUAUGCCCUCUAUGCACGAGUGGUUAUUGAACUGGCCAACAUCGAGCUGUGCGGCACCUUCCAAUCCGCCUCUCGAUCUCUCCCAUCCCACCGCCCAUUCCUUCUUCCCGAGGCCGACCAUCUCUACCGCAUCGUCAUUGCAUUCAAGGAUGUACUGGAUACCCCCAACAUCUGUGCCAACUUCCACAAGGAUGUUGCACUCCACUUCCAGCAAGACUACAUCUCCCAGGUCGUGGACAAGGCCAAGGACUUGGAAUAUCCCCUCCAGGAUGCCACAGGGUACCGGGCCUAUGUGGCACGUAUCGUAACGGACAGGAACGGAGCCUUCUGUACGAAGUGGCUAUCAUUGAUCCCAUUUUUCAACGUGAUUCCGGACCGGGUCAUGGCCAUGCUGUCCGAGCAUUACCUCACGGUGGCGCCAGUGGUCGUCGUGCCAGACGAUAUCCCAUUUGACCAGCUCCCCUUCAUCAACCCCGACCAGAUCGCAGACGACCUUCGGGAUGCCGAAACCAAGAAAGAUCACUACGCAGCAACUCUGGCGAAGCUGGAAGGAACCACUAUCGGAGACGAGCGUCUGAAGGAUCCCAAGUCUCGCAUCUACUACCUGGCCAAGCAGCGGAAGUGCGUCUGCCGCGGAUUGUGUCGUUGUGCGAGCGAAUGUACUCGACUUGUCGUUUAUUGCUGCCCCUGCGCUGAACGCCAAAUUCGCAUCUUGAAGAUGAAACGUGACCUCCAUUCCCCAUGCCCUGGUCUUAACUUUGUCACCACUGCUGGCACCAUGGCGCGCAUGUACUUCCAUGGCCUGGCAUCCCUGCGACGUGGUGUGACCGACCACCAGAUUUCGGCAGAGCUGCAGCGCGCCUUCGAGUCUAUGGACGCAUUGAUCACUAAUGAACGGGAGAAGAAGAACCCACGCCGACAGAACUCCAAGGGAAGUGUGUAA